GCGGGGCGUAAAUAUACACCGGAAAUCACGUGGUUCAGCUUUCUGCUCUCGUCGUUAUCCACGGGAAAGACUUCUCUUCACACGUUUGUAGUUUUAGUCAGAGCUUAAGUCCGCUUUCUUCAGUACAACAUGUCAGGGAAGUUGGAACUGAAAAUCAACUCCCAAUUCGCGCAGAAAUAUGAGAAAUACCGGCAGAAAGAAGAGCUCCAGAGGCUGAAGGACCGAUACGGAGACCGAGCAGAGGACAGUGACUCCGAGUCUGAGUCCAGCUCUGAAGACAGCGAAGUGGACCUGGAUCCUGAACUUGAGAGGGACUUUUACAGAACAUUGUCACUGCUGAAAAAGAAAGACCCGAAGAUCUAUGAGAAAGAUGCAAAGUUCUACUCAGAAGGUGCCUCCACCAGUAACGAGGAGCCUUCAACCUCGAAGAAAGCAGUGAAGCCCAUGUAUCUCAAGGACUAUGAACGCCAGGUCAUCCUGGAAAAAGAAGGUAAAUAUGAAGAUGACGAUGACAGCGACGACGAGGAGGCCGCCAAGAGACGAGAGAGAGCAGCCUCUCCGAGCUACAUCCAGGAGCAGAGGGAGCUGAAGGAAAGCUUCCGUGAGUUCGUCCAGGACAGUGACAAUGAUGAGGGCGGUGAGGACGGCGGAGGAUCCCAGCUGCUCACCAGGAGGAUCAAAACGCAGGAAGAGAAGGACAAAGAGGAGGCAGAUUAUGUGGAAUGGCUAAAAGGUCAGGCUGAGCUCGAGGGCCCAGCAGAGGUCAAGGAUAUGAAAUAUUUAAGAGACUACUGGAAUGACCCUGAGCUGGAUGAGAAGGAGCGAUUCCUGAGAGACUACGUCCUGAACAAAGGCUACCUUAAUGAGGAGGAGGAGGAGGAGGAUGAGCGAAUCCCAACAUACGAUGAAGUGGUGCAGGACGAUGUGGAUGAUUCUGAAGAAGAAGGGGAAACUUUCUUGGAGCGCCAGGAGGAUUUUGAGAGAAGCUACAACUUCCGUUUUGAGGAGCCUGAUGCUCAUCAAAUCAGGACGUACCCCCGCAACAUCGCCACAUCUGUGCGCUCCAAAGACGACCGCAGGAAGUGCAAAAGGGAGGAAGUGAAAGAAAGGAAGCAUAAGGAGAAGGAGCAGAAGCGUGAGCAGCUGAAGCAGCUGAAGAACUUGAAGAGAAACGAGAUCAUGGAGAAGCUGAAGAGGCUGCAGGAGCUGACGGGUAACGAGCAGCUCGCCUUCAGUCAGGCCGACCUGGACGGAGACUUUGAUCCGCAGCAACACGACCAGCUCAUGCAGAAGUUCUUUGGAGACGAAUACUAUGGAGAAGAAGAAGAAGAAAAGCCUCAGUUUGAGGAUGAUGAGCUCGAGGAGCACUGGAACUGGGACACAUGGACGGGAGAGGGACGAGAGGAGGAGGAGGAGGAGUGUGGUGGAGAGGAAUUCGAUGCCUCAGAACCACACUGUGAGGAUGAAAACUUCAUUAUGGAUGCAGACUAUGACCCCACCCAGCACACUGCCUCGAAGAAGAAGAGGAAGAAAGAGCUGAAGAAGGAGGAUCUACCACAGAUGGGCAAAAAGAGGAAGAAGUCGUACUUUGCAGAGGUCAUUACCAAGAACAAGCCUGUGUUUGAUCCUGGGGAGAAAAGCUUUGAGCAGUACAUGGAUGAGUACUAUAACCUGGACUAUGAGGACAUCAUAGACGACCUCCCCUGCAGGUUUCGCUACAGACAGGUGGUGCCAAAUGACUUCGGUCUGACCACCGGUGAGAUUUUAAAGGCUGAUGACAAAGAGCUGAACCGGUGGUGCUCUCUGAAGAAGACCUGCAUGUUCAGGGCUGAAAAGGAAGAGCUGAACGAUUUGAAGAACUAUAAAAUCAAGGCCCAGAAUGAGAGGAAGAAGAAGGAAAUCCUGAGCUCUGUUUAUUCUGAAGAAGAUAAAGAGGAGCCAGAGACUAAAACCAAGCUGGGGAAGAAGCGACGAGAUCGUGUGAAGAAUGCUGAGAAACAUGACCGAGCAGCAGGGAAUGGCGACACAGUCUCGUUUAACAACCCUACAGAAGAGACACUAGAUCGAGUUCUCCGAGAGGCAGGGGGUGAGGAAGAGCAGGACGAGGUUCUGAUACCCAAGAAGAAGAUGAAGCAGGAAGAGGAGUCCCAGAUGACUGCGGAGAGAGAAGCAGAUGAAGGGAAAAACAGGACUGAGAGGCCAAAGUGGUCCAAGAAGAAGCACAAGCGUUCAAGUGGACGCCUCAUCUCAGGAGCCCUUGGGGUGAAAAUCGGCGGCCGGGAGGUCAGACUGAAGGCAUACGGUCUAAACCCCAAGAGACUGUACUUCAGACAGCUCGGCCGACAGAGACGAAAGGCAAAGGAGAGGAAGGGCAAGCAGAACAACAUGAAGUGAUAACGGCUUGCACUGAGUACAGUUGAUGUUUUAUGCUGUAAGAAUUAAAUCGAUGAGGAAGAAUUAUUACCUCACUUUGAUCAGAUCAGCAUUUUUAAAUUGCAAGAACAGAUAUUGAGUUUUUGUGUCAAGUCAGGUUCUUUAAUUACUGUUUGCACAGGUACAGUUGUGCAUAUAGUAGGAAUUCAAGCACAGUUAUGUCUGACCAGUAUUUACAUCACACAGAUUGUACUUAAAAAGUGUGUGGGGGGGUGUGCUGUAUGACAUUAGAUUAGGGGAUUGAACCUGUUUAUACAUUUUGUUUUGUAUCUAGGUUUCACAAAAACGUUUUCUUGAUUGUGGAUUUUAUACAUAUAACAUGAAUUCAUUCUUUAAAGAGUAAAAAGAUACUAGUGCUGGUUA